AUGGCUCUCCUUUUCGCUGGUCUUUCAUUGUUAGCAGCUACUCAAGCAGCUAAACUUACUUCGGUUGUUGUCCCUGGUGGAUGCUACAAUCUACCUGACUAUGAGUCUGCCAGCCCUGAUAAUGCCGGGUUCGCCGGUCCCUGGGUUGUCUAUGCUGAUCAAUGCGUGAACACGACCGCCCCUGACAACGCGUGCAGCAUGGAAGGAUUCGGUAGCCAACCUGUGGCUUGGGAGCAGGAAGAGGGAAAUACCAUUGUUGAAAGGGGAUAUAUUGGUAUCGUUGAGGAGAACGAUCUGGCCAAGUCCCCACUUCGCUGUAUGGAUGGCAUCGGCUUUCAAGCUUGGGUCCCCGUCGGCGACUCUGCAGAGUACCGGGCAGUCAACAUCACAGACAUGCCGUACAGCGCUGAGCUUAUGUGGAAUCUUGGGUCUUACAGUGAGCCUAUCCAGGCUUACUACCACUACUUGAGUGGCGUGAAACAGGAUGGUAUCUUCCUUGGUUCCCACAAUGUUACCACCUGGGGUAUCUCGCUCCAGGAUGGUGUGGCUGGGAGUGGUGGAAAGCCGUGGUGGAUGAUUCGUUUACUGGGUCCAGGUAGUGCGGAUCCUCAGACUGGAGAUGCUUUGGAGGAUGGUGAAUACCGUACCUUCAUUCGCAUUGACGGGAGCUAA